CUAUUUAAGUGCGUAUGUAAGCGAGUAGUCGCCGGGUAACCACACAGUGCGCGCUUUAUACUCUUUAUAGUGAAUACGAUUCAACGCGGAAUCAAAAUGUUCAUCCAAUUCAAAAUGCAGCUCUUCGCUUUGCUGGACGCGCUGUGCUUGCUGUUGAAGCGCAUCCUAUUCGCCUACAAGUCCCUCGAGGAGGCCGAAUCCGAACCGAAAAUCGUACCAAAAAGCGUGAAUUACCACUUCACGCGCCAGUGCAACUACGAAUGCGGUUUCUGCUUUCACACGGCCAAAACCUCGUACUUGCUGAGCCUGGAAGACGCCAAGGUGGGAUUGCAGCUGCUCAAAGACGCCGGUAUGGAGAAGAUAAACUUCAGCGGAGGGGAGCCGUUCCUGCCCAAGAGGGGCGCCCACUUGGGCGAGUUGGCCAAAUUUUGCAAGAGCGAUUUGAAAUUGGAGUCGGUCACGAUCGUUUCGAACGGAUCGUUGAUUACCGAAAAAUGGUUUCGGAAUUACGGCGAUUAUGUGGACAUUUUGGCGGUUUCGUGCGAUUCGUUCUGCGAGGAAACCAAUAAAGCGAUAGGGCGAGGACAAGGCACCAAAAAUCACAUUGAACAAUUAAAAAGGGUGAGAGAUUGGUGCAAGAAGUAUCAAGUAUUGUUCAAAAUAAACACGGUUGUUAAUACUUACAAUUACGAAGAGGAUAUGACUGAACAAUUACUGGAAUUAAAUCCUAUUAGAUGGAAAGUUUUCCAAUGUUUGCUGCUCGAAGGGGAAAACGUGGGGCCAGAAGCUCUAAGAAACGCAGAAAGAUUCUACAUAUCUAAUGAGUUGUUUAACGAGUUUUUGGAGCGCCACAAGUCGGUUAAAUGCUUGGUGCCGGAAUCGAACGAGAAAAUGCAAAACAGCUACCUGAUUUUGGACGAAUAUAUGAGAUUUCUGGAUUGUACGGCUGGUUCGAAGCAACCCUCCAAGUCCAUAUUAGACGUUGGGGUCUCCAACGCUCUGCUAUUCUCCGGAUUCGACGAGGCUAUGUUCAAAAAACGCGGGGGAAUUUACAAAUGGUCCAAAGAGGCGAAUAAACUGUCGUGGUAAUCUUGUUCAAUUAGUAUUAGGGGUAUAUCAUACGUAUAUUUUUGUAUUAAAAGAAACUUUCUAAAAA